CUCAAAAACAAAAACAUAAAAAAAUAGCCUGAGAAAAAAAAUACAGGACAUUAAGUAUUUUUGCUUCUUUGAAUUGUUUUGUUUCAUUCGGUGGUGAAAGAAGAGAGACAAGGGAGAGCGAAAGCACUAGUUCCUUGACCUUUUUAGAAAGAUGUUCGAUGGUCGGAACUCUGGACAUUCAUCCUUCUCUUCUCGCGGGCAUACCCCGGAGCACGAACUUGCCAUACUCAAUCCUUCAUCAUCUGCCCACGGGACUCGUAGAGGCAAGCAAAAUAGGACAUCAGACAUGGAAGUGAUGAAGGAAAGAUUCACAAAACUGCUGCUUGGAGAGGACAUGUCAGGCGGUGGUGAAGGCGUGACCUCUGCGUUAGCUUUGUCAAAUGCUAUCACCAACCUCGCCGAUUCAAUGUUUGGGGAGCAGAUGAAACUGCAGCCUAUGUAUCCGGAGACAAAAGAGAUUUGGAGGAAAGAAAUGGAUUGGUUAUUAUCUGUGGUUGAUCACAUUGUUCAGUUUGUUCCUUCUAAACAAAUGGCCAAAAAUGGCACAUUCACCGAGAUCAUGGUGACCAAACAAAGAGAUGACUUGCUGAUGAACAUUCCAGCCUUACGCAAGCUUGACUCCGUUCUUCUCGAAACUUUGGACAACUUCAAGGAUCAGAAAGACUUUUGGUAUGUGCCAAGAGAUGUUGAGGACACAGAGAACAAUGGAGACUGGAGAAGGGAUGAGAGCUGGUGGUUACCAGUUGUUAAGGUUCCAUCGGAUGGUUUGUCUGAGGAAUCUCGUAGAUUGUUGCAUAGUCAGAAAGAUUCUGUGGCACAAGUUCUCAAAGCCGCCACGGCCAUCAAUACUCUAGUAUUGUCUGAAAUGCACAUUCCUGACAACUACAUUGACUCUCUGCCAAAGAAUGGGAAGACAAGCCUGGGGGAUUGCCUUUACAAGAGCAUAACAGAGGAAUACUUUGAUCCUGACUACUUCGUUUCUUUCUUGGAUUUGUCAACGGAACACAAAGUUCUUGAUCUAAAGAACAGGAUUGAAGCUUCCAUGGUGAUCUGGAAGAGGAAGGUGAACCAGAAAGAGAAAGACGGGAAAUCUCAGUGGGGAUCCUCUGUCAGCUUAGAGAAGAGAGAGCUUUUCGAGGUCCGAGCUGAGACCAUUUUGGUCAUGCUUAAACAGCAAUUCCCUAGGAUCCCACAAUCCUUACUCGAGAUCUCCAAGAUCAGAAACAACAAGGACGUGGGGCAGGCGAUUUUGGAGAGCUAUUCAAGGGUAUUAGAAAGUCUGGCUUAUAAGAUAAUGUCACGAAUAGAGGAUGUUCUUGAAGCUGAUGUGCUAGUUCAAAGACAACUGAUGGGAGAGGCAGAGGGAAGAUCAGAGAGCGAGGCGGAAUCAGAAUAUGAAGAAACGGAGAAGGUGGUUGCAGCGGAGACGCCAAACUCGAGGAAACUAUCAGACUUCAUAGGGUGGAGAUUGUCAUCAGAUACAAAGAAGCAUAGUUCGAUGGGUGAUAUAGAGUUCUUCCACAAAACUGAGCAGGAGAAGCCCAUGAUGAAGUCUCCAAGAGCUCUACCGAAGAAACUAUCAUAUCUAGCAAAGUUAGAGAACAUGAGAAGUCCAAGUGAGAGACACUGAUAGUGAAGACAAAUGUAAGUAGAACAGAGCAUAUAACAGAGCAUAUAUAGAACAAAAAACCAAAGAGAGGGAAGCAAGAAAGAGAGACCGAGAGAGUAGGGGAGGUAAAAGUGUGUGAGAAUGUGUAUAUAUGCAGGCAUUGGGUUUAGGAUUUGGACAUGAGUCUUGGUGUUUGAAGACAUUUGUGGUAGAGUUUGUCUUUGUUUCAGUCACCUGCUUGAUCAUGUUUGUUGCUUGUUUGACUAAUUUGCUUCCUGUUGCUUUUUUUAUAAGAGGGAAGUGUGAUUCAGUGUGAAUCGUAUUUUGGUUAUUUGGCAUUUUGAAGCUAACAUUGUAUUGUAUUGUAACUUCUAUAACAUUGUUUCCUGGUGGAAUUUGAAGCAAAAAGCUGCGAUUUUUAAUAUAUGUAAAUAUUAUUAUUGUAUAAAGAACGAAACUUUCCAACAUUUUUACAGCCUAUAAACAAAACACAUCAGAAAUUUUCUCUCUUUGCCUUUCGCCGGCGGGAAUUAGAAUGAAGGAAGACAUGGAGAAGAUGGUGGCGGUAGGGCUCGUGUGGGGAGCCACCAAUGCCCUGAUCCGCCGUGGCGCCCUCGCCUGGGAUAAAAAGUCUUCGUCUUUGGCAACAGGGUCUCCUCCUCUUCAGAUCCAACCGAACCUCCGCCGGAAAAUCCUGAAAGCUCUUCUCGACUGGAUCAAUCUCCUCCUCUUCUGGCAAUACUCCGUUCCUUUCCUGAUAAACCUCUCGGCCUCCGCCACAUUCUUCGCCCUCCUCAGCCAUGCCCCGAUCUCUAUAGCGGUUCCGGUCACCAACGCCACGACCUUCGCCGCAACCGCCGCGUUCGGGAUCCUUUUAGGGGAAGAAACUCAAAUCGGACCUGCUUUGUUAGGUACGGCCUUUAUUGUGUUUGGAAUUUGGCUAUGCGUUGGCACUAAUUAGUAGCACACUACUUGAUCUGCUGUAAUUGGAAUCUCUGUAUAAGCGUUACUCCGUUUCUUGCGAUAUCUAUUUUUGCCUGAGAAAAUUUUGAUUCAGUUCUUGUUUUAGCAGCGAUGGCAAUCUCAAUGAAAUUUGAGCUUUUGAUACAAAGCCUGAUGAUUGAUGAA